AUGGAUAGAUAUCUCAUUCAAAUGACCGCUCCCACCGGCAACACAGCCGAGUACAUAACCACAACNCCCUCCCAACCCACCCAAUUAGCAGGCACCAAGCGCAGAUCCAUAGACGCCUCUGACUUACUAACCAUCAACCUCGAUGACUAUGACAUUCCCGAUGGUCACCCCAUGGACUCUUGCACCGUAGUCCGCGGCAAGAUAAACCGCUUCCUCGAAGCCGGAGAAAUGAAAGUGGGCCAGUUCUGCGACGCCAUUGGUGUCUCUGGGAAUGCUUAUAGAAGAUUUAUGGCCCAGAGUGGCAAGUUUGCUGGCGAGGGGUGUGAGACUUAUCAGAAUGCUUGGCUUUUCUUCAAGAAGAGAGAGAUGGCGGGUCUGAAGAUUCCUACCAAAAAGCAAAAGACUGCUGGUGCUUCGUCAUCUUCUGCUGCUGCAUCCUCAGCUGGAAAUAAGAGUGCCGUGACAGAUAUAAGUAGCAUUCAUCUCGAUGGUAAUGGAAACACUCUCAUACAAACACUCUUCGGCCUAGGACCAGCUGACGAAGACAACCACCAAACAGGAGAACAAGACGACGCCGUAGAAGUCUACGACAGCUGCGACGAAAUACGCAGAAAGAUCUCAGCACACCUGCGCAAACCCAACGUCACAGCAGCCCAAUUCUGCCGCGACCUGCUCGUCCAAUACCACACCUCCAAGAAACCUCCCCAGAUCCAAUCCGGCCAAUUGACAAAGUUCCGCGGCUACAAAGGCGCAGAUACCGGCAAUACUUCUUGUGUGUUUUAUGCUGCGUAUGUGUUNUUUGAGAAGGUGAGGUUGGCAGAGGGGAAGCCGAAGAGCAAACAUAGACAGGAGAUGGAAGAGAUCUGGGGCGGGAAGGGUGGGUUUAAUGUUACUAGGGGACAUCACAGAGGGUACGUUGGCAAUUUUUUCUUUCUUUUUAUUAUUGCUUUGCGUCGCUGGUUGAGUGUCGGUGAACUGACGGUAGCAACAGAUUUNCUCGUCAUGGGCAAUGACAGACCCGUGCAAGAUCAGUACGGUCGAGUUACCAUCGUGCGAGGACGCUGA